AUGACGAUAACGACUUCCAAUCGGCACUUUCAACAUCCACCUGUUGAAGUUGGUGCGAUUUCCCCACGCGCGGCGCAAUCGAAGAAGAACUCGAAAGCGAUUCCCCCAAUCUGGGUGGUUUUAGAACUCGCGUGCAUCACGUUUUUUUCCGUCGCCGGUGGGCCGUACGGGUUCGAGGACGCCGUCGGUGCCGCCGGCGCGAAGAUGGUGAUGAUUGGUUUACUCGUCGUGCCUUUUAUUUGGUCGAUACCUUUAGCGCUGAUGACGAGCGAACUGUCGUCGAUGUUUCCGGAAACGGGAGGGCACAUCAUUUGGGUACACAAAGCGUUUGGGACGUUUUGGAGUUUACAGAAUUCAUUGUGGACGUUUUAUACGAGCGCGUUGGAUAACGCUUUGUAUCCCGUCAUGUUCGUGGACUAUCUGGAGGAAAUUUUAUAUCCGGAAACGGACGAUGAGUUAAGAUGGCAGUAUUCGAUGGCGAUUAAGGUGAUUUUGUUAGGAUUUGUGACGAGAGUGAACAUUAAAGGGACGGAUAUUGUCGGGAAGUUUGCCAUGGGGUUUGCCAUGUUUGUGUUGGCGCCAUUUUUGGUGACGAUUGUGUUGGGGAGCGGGAGGACCGUUCAAGCCAUCGCCGGCGGAACGAUUUUAUCGAAGAGAAGGAAACCAAUCGAGUGGUCGAAAUUUUUCGCGGUUAUGUUUUGGAACACCAGCGGGUUUGAUUGUGCCGGGACGUGCGCGGAUGAUAUUCCGAAUCCUGGGUACACGUACCCGAGAGCGUUGAUUUUAGCCGUGUUUAUGGUUUUCGCGACGUAUUCGAUUCCAACGCUCGUCGGGUUGGCGUACGUGCCAACGACCGAGGAAUGGACGGACGGCACGUUCGUGGACGUGGCCGAUGCCGUUGGUGGGGAUAAAUUAGGGGAUUGGUUAGGGUUUACCGGAGCCAUUAGUGCGACUGGGAUGUUGUGCACGUUGUUGUGCACGACGUCGAGGCAAUUAGCCGGGAUGUCCAUCACCGGGUUGUUUCCGAAAAUAUUCAACGAGAGACACCCGGUCUACGGGACGCCGCAAUAUGCUAUAUACGCAACGAGCGCGUUGUCUUUAGUGUUCACCGGGUUCAACUUUGCCAUGUUAGCCGAAGCAGACAUGUUGUUUUAUUGUUCAUCGACGAUUUUGAAAUUCGGCGCGUUGGUGUCUUUACGAUGGCAAAUGCCUCACGCGGAGAGACCGUUUAGCAUUCCGUUUGGGAAUUUAGGUUUAUUUGGCGUCGCCAUACCGCCCACGUUGGCGUGUUUGAGCGUCGUGUUGACGUGUCAAGGCUCGUGUUUGAAAAUUGCUAUUCCUGGAAUGGUUUUAGGGGUGAUUACGUAUUACGCCAAAGGCGGCGCUCGAGCCGUGGAGCAUAUGAUUCCGUUAGACGAAGACAUCGUAGACAUGACGAAUGAUAGUGGUAAAGGGGAUUUAAAUAUGCGCGAAUUUACUUUAGACGACGACGGCGAUAAUAGUUACGACGACGGCAUUGAUGCGAGGAAGAAUAUCAAGAUUGAAAGCUUCUCGGUGGGAGAAGAACCGUACGUGGCGCGCUCGCUGGCGAAAACUGUUUCGCUCAAAUCGUACCCGACUGAACAAAACGAUUCCUUCGAUUCGGAUGAAGAGGUUAAUACUAAUGAUAAUAACGAUAGUAGAAAUAACGCCGCCGCGAGCAAAAUCAAUUGA